ACCCGAAAUGGGUAUUCCACCGCUUUCUUGGUCCUCUCUGCUCCUCACCACUUGUUCACUCUUAUUAUUAUUCUUCUUCCUGUGGAGAAGGGAGAGCAAGACAAGGCUUCCUCUUCCCCCUGGACCGCCUGCCUGGCCUAUUGUGGGAAACCUCUUUCAGCUGGGGAAAAAGCCGCAGGAAACUCUGUAUGACCUCUCUCUGAGAUACGGCCCUCUCAUGGCUCUCCGUCUGGGCAUGAAAACAGCAGUCGUGGUCUCCUCACCAGCCAUGGCCAAGGAGAUCUUCAAAACACACGACCACAUCUUCGCGGGACGACCGGUGAUGGAAGCAUUCAGGUCCCUUUCUCAUCACAAGUCCUCGCUAAUUUGGGGUGAAUAUGGCCCUUACUGGCGCAAUCUCCGACGUAUUUCAACUGUUGAACUUUUCAGCAACAAAAGACACGAAGCUCUGCAACACCUUAGAAGAGAUCAAGUAUUUCGCACGAUUGGACUUAUUUUUGAGGACAAGGGAAAGGUUGUGGAUAUCGGGCUGAUGGCGUUCUGCACGUCUCUGAAUUUGUUAGGCAACAUGAUCUUCAGCACAAACGUCUGCGAUCCGCGCAAUCCAGCUUCUGCGGAGCUCAAAGAUACCAUCUGGAAAUUAAUGAAGCUCGUCGCAAUGCCCAAUUUGGCGGACCUUUUUCCGUUUUUCCGGUUCCUCGAUCCCCAGGGCGUGUCCCAUCGGAUGGCCGGGUAUUUCAAGGUGUUAUAUGACUUCUCCGAAACGUUCAUACAGAAAAGGCUUGCCGCCCACAGCCAAAGCAUCAAGCUCAACGAUUCGGAGAAGGAUUUUCUGGAUGUUCUGCUGGAUUCCAGAACUGAAGAUUUCACUCUCGUUGGUAUUCGAGCUUUGAUAGCUGAAUUCUUCGCUGCCGGGACUGAAUCAAGCACUACCAUAGUGGAAUGGGCCAUGGUAGAAUUCAUUCGCAACCCGGAGAAAUUAAACCGAGUCCGACAAGAAUUGGAUGAAGUAGUUGGACGCAACAGGAGAGUGGAAGAAUCUGAUGUUGAUCAUCUGCCUUAUCUGCAUGCGUCUCUGAAAGAAUUAUUCCGAUUGCACCCAACGGCUCCCGUGCUGCUUCCACACAGAGCAGAAUGCUCCUGCGAGAUCGGGGGAUUUGUGAUACCCAAAGACACCCAGGUGAUGGUGAAUGUUUGGGCUAUUGGGAGGGACACUGCAAUUUGGAACAAUCCGUCAAAAUUUAUGCCCGAGAGAUUUCUGGAGGGCGAGAACAGCAAGAUAGAUUACAGGGGACAAGAUUUCGAGCUAAUUCCAUUCGGAGCAGGAAGAAGAAUUUGUCCAGCGAUUCACUUGGCAAGCCGUAUGGUUUCUUUUGUUUUGGCUUCUUUGCUUCAUUCGUUUGAGUGGAAACUCCCGGAUGGGAUGAAUGGUGAGCAGCUGGACGUGACGGACAUGACGGACGAAUUUGGAGUUACAUUCAAACAGUUGAAUGCAAUUCCGGUACCACGUCUCCCACAUGAUAUUUACUAGCGGUCCUGGACAAGUAUUAUCUGUUUAUCUGUUAAUUAGAAUACGCAUUGUCUUAGUCUACAUGUUAAGUCAAAAAAAAUCGAUUGCAAAGUCAAGUUGUUAAGGCCCCUGAUGUUGAUCAAUAUUGGUGUAACUUCAACUUUGUUUUC